CUGCGUUGGACAAGAACUUCCAAGGCCGGACUGGUAGCAAAGCACCACGCAGUAUGUCCCUCUUCUUUGGGAGCACAAAGUCAUCGACCGGGCAGGCCACUUUGCAUCCUUGGAUUGGAGCCUUGGGAGCUCACCGCAAUCUGCGCUUUCACUUGUUCCGCCAGAGCCUCAAGGCGACAGAACCAUGUGGUCUCUUUCGCUAGGUUGCAAGCCGACAGCAAUCUUGAUUCACCAGCAUUGUCCCCGCGGUCUGGAGGCCAUGGCCUUACCCGUAUGAUCAGACGAGCCCUUUCGCCAGCUGGGUCUGGACCGGAUUAGAGCAUGAUUGCGCAUUUCAUGUCAGCCACAUCGACUCCUCGUCCAGGAUCCAAACCUCCUAGGCUUGCGCCUCAACAUGGGGCUUGAGAGGUCUAGAACGACGUCGCGGCGUGAGCAUGGCACGCGAUAUCCGCCCUCAACAUGCAGACGAGAGGAGACCAUGCCACUGCCGCAAACCCGCUAUCACGUCUGGAAGCGCGUGACCAUUGCCAGCGCAAUGUGUGGAGGUCGACGAGAUCUGGUCCAGUCCACCUGGGCUAUGCCCAAACAUCAAGUCUGCCCAACGACGGAAACCCCAGCGCAGGUGGCGUCUGAAGGCGCUGGUGACACUCGGCCGAUUCAAUCCAAGCAGGUUUUGAGAAUGGCGGAGACUUUGAGCCGAAACUGCAAGGUACACCAACGCCACCUAAGCCUUAAGUCUGCGUGUGCCAUGUCUGUGAGAAAAGUUGCGUCGAUUCUUUCUGCGACUCCGAGCAGCUCAUACUUUGGGAGGGAGGACCUCUUGAACACCGUGGACGUAUUCUCGGCGCAGUGACCAUCGAGGUCCGAGGUCAGGAAGCUCCUCUCCUCAUGGGACAAGACGACAGCUCAGAAGCACCACCGUCAUAAUCGCAUGAGGAGGCAUACUGUGCUGAGGUCGUGCACCUGAUACCCCACAGACGGAGCUCCUUUUGCAACUUGUAGCAGCCACGAUCGACCAUGGGAAUCAAAGACCUCAUUCGAGUGCAUGGGGUGACUUGGCCCCGGUGCAGGCCAGUGCUUCGGC